ACAUCGGAGACAAAGUAUUUACUGCUUUUAUUUUCCCCAGGUUAUUUGGUUCGAUUAACAACAGUAGUGAGGUGAUGUGCUGACAGAUAUGUUGCACUGGACUUUUGUUGUAAUAUUCUUAUCACACUUAUUUGUUUCACAUGCUACGGUUGACAGAUUAGUUUGCCGAAGUGCUGUCUCUGCACAAAAGCAUAAUAUUCUUCCUGAAUGUAUUAGCGAAUGGAAGAAGUACCCAUGGUCGCAAUUUAGAAUAGAUAAUUCUUCUGAGUGCACUAAUUGCCGGUUAAUCUCACCCUAUGUGUGGGAUUACAAGAUUGGACCAUUGCUUUGUGCUACUGGAGUUAAGGAUGAAGAGUGCAAGAAUAUCAUCAACGCUUUGUCUCAACUGAAAUACAUCAAGAAUCGCAAUGAUGUUUUGUGUAACAUUCUUACGCUUUGUGAUUCUCAUACAUACAUCAAAGAUCUAAAUUUUGGUGUUCCACUUUGUGAUGAUUGUAAGCGAUUAGUUAAUGAUAUGCGAAAGCUUAUUGAAGAUAAUUCAACUGCUGCCCAGAUUGAAGCACAGCUUGAUGAAUUAGUCUGCAAUAAUCUUCCCGGUGAAAUAAUUCCAUACUGCAAAAAUUUGGUAAAUGUUCACAUUCCAUAUAUCCUGCACAUCAUUUCAGAAAAGAUGAGUCCUGAAGAGAUUUGUGCAACGCUUGGACUUUGUGUAAAUGUGAAGACGAAAUUCACACUGGCCAACUUCAUGACUAAUGAAGGAAAGAAAUGUAAUGAAGAUAGAAAAUUUUCAUGGAUAAGACGCCCAUUGGGUACUGUUGGUCAUAAAUGGACUUCAUACAAAUCUCAAGAAACUCCAACCUGUCCAAACUGUCUAUCAGUACUGAAUCAAUUCAAGACAGGUGUUGAGAACCCAGCUAUACAGGAGCGCUUAAAACAGUUGAUUGAUGAAAAAGUUUGCACACACAUGGGCUUCUUUACCGCCGCUUGUAAAGAAGCGAUAGAAUAUAACUUUGAUCAAAUAAUCAAUGGUAUGAAAGAGGUUGACCCUAAAGAGAUAUGUAGUUUGUUUGGAAUGUGUACCAGUGAAUACAUCGAUUUACCUAGUGACAAAAUGUUACCAUCGUUGUCUACAUCACAAGAUAUUCCUGGUGUUUGUCCAUUAUGUGUUCUAUUGGUCAAAAAGAUAUUUGAACUAACUAUUGGUAAUCAAACUGAAGCUGCAAUUGUGUUAGCUUUAGAAACUGUCUGUGAACAUCUACCAUCUGAUUACGAUACACAGUGUGAGAACUUUGUUGAAAAAUACGGAGCGAAAAUUGUUAGUGCUAUUAUUGACGGCACUGCACCUGAUCUAUUAUGUGGAAGUAUAGGAUUGUGUGCUUCACCCAUUCAGCAGAAGGUAGGGCUGCCAUCAUCAUCAUCACCGUCACUACCACCACGUCAGGAUCAUCAGGUUCAAACAACUGCAACUCUAUCAUCUGGUAUAGAUGUUUGUUUAACCUGUAAAUUUUUCGUUGAAACACUUUAUGGACAACUUCAAAAUAAUAAAACAGAAGAGGAAUUGAAACAUCUGAUUAAAAAUGCAUGUUCCGUUCUACCUGUUGGCUAUGCAGAUAGAUGUUCCGAAUUGAUUGAUCGUUAUUUCGAUGAUGUCAUUAAACUGAUAGAAAAUAAUUAUACACCUGAGCAGAUAUGUCAAUUGAUGCGGUUUGAUUUGCUUGUAUAUAAACUACGUAAAUCUGAAAUGCAUUAUUCAUAAAAUGGUGUUCUGAUUGGCGAUCUUGUCACGUUAUAGCUUACGGGCUAUAGGACAUAACUUAUCAAAUUAGAAACCCGUAUUUUUAAACAAUUUUUAUUUCUAAACGAUCGAGUAGAUUCAUUCUAGUCUACUUUUCCUUUCGUUUUUGGUCGUCGUUGUUGUUGGGGUAAAUGAGCGUUAAUAAUUCCAUACAAAUUAUUAAACUUCUUUCUUUUCAUGUUUAUGAUUGUGUUUUUUUCCCAUAAUCUUAUUAAAGACAAUUUCACUUUGUCAAUCAAUGCCAGUUUGGAGUUUAUCCGAACAAAAUCCAUGCCUUUUAGGCUCAACUUAUUGGUGUCGGGAUUAUAGUACAGCAAAGAUGUGUAAUGCUGUAAAUUAUUGCAGUUCCAAUGGUUGGACAACCUAUCCACCAAGUAAUCAGAAUAAAUUAUUUAAAUCACAAUGUGAAUUAAUGAAAUUAGCAGAGAUAUGUGUUAAUUCUGAAUUGGCUAAAAAAUGUAAUCGUUUAAAUGAAUGUUAUGAACAACAAGUGAAAAAUUUCUUAAAUUUAUUCAGUAUUUCAACAGUAUCAUUAAAUAAUGACAAAAUUAAUAAAUCACCAUGUUCCGUGUGUGUUGUUAUGACAACUAAAUGGUUGUUACAAUGGGAUUUAUUUGGUGGACCAAUUAUUAAUCGUAGUAUAUGUGCUGAAUACAAGACUGAAAAUGAAUUACAACAGUGUUAUCACGUUGUUGAAAAGGCUGGAGUGCUAUUGAUUCGUUCACGAAGUGAUCGUAGUAAUGUUGAACAAAUAUGUGCACGUACAAUCAAUUGUGCUUCAGUGAAAGAUGGUGAAAAUGAACAAUUCUCUGAAACAAUAGAUAAAUCUGUAGAUGAAAAUCCAGAUAAAUUAAGUCCAUUCGCUUUAUAUGAUUUUGAUAAAAUUGCUUGUUUAUGGGGUCCUACUUAUUGGUGCUCAUCAAAAGAGACAGCUAGAAAAUGUAAUGCAACAAAUUAUUGUACAGCAACUUAUUGGCCUGAAAUUAACACUAAUGUCAUUGAUAUUGAUAAUAAAGAUAAUAACGUUAUUGAUAAUCAUGUUACUACAACAUCAUUACCAAAACCAACUGAGAAAACCAAGUCUGAACAUUUAUUAGGUAUAAAACCAUGUACAUGGGGACCAUCUUAUUGGUGUCAAUCAGAAGAAGUUGCCAAAAAAUGCGGUAAUGCAGCUUUAGUACAUUGUAAAACCAAAGUAUGGAUUACUAUGUCAAAUUCAAAGAAAUCAUCACAUAAGAUAAUUUCUAAACCUGGUAAUAAAUGUACACGUGGUCCAUCGUUUUGGUGUGCCUCAUUUGAAAAUGCUAAAUUAUGCGGUGAACAUGCAGAAUGGCAUUGUAUGAAUGUAGUUUGGUCAAAUAUACAUAAAUUCAAAUCUGAUUCUAUCAAUCCAUAAUUAAAUAAUGAUCAAUCUUAAUUUUUACUGUUUAGAGGACAUUUUUUUCUUUCCCCAUCUCAUUUGAAACCUUUCAUUUAUACUUCAUCUUGCCUCUGUAUUUGUGUUUGUGCCUAUUCAUCUAUUGUUUGUUAGUGUUUUUUUUCUACAAAUUUGACUUUUUUAAAAACAAUCCGAAAUCAUUGAGUAUUUUUUAUUUCUAUCUGUUGAAAUAAAAUAUGAAUAACAUUUUGAUUUUACACUGCUCAAAAGUUAUUGACAUUAAUGUCUCAUUCUUACUACAUGUACUAUUUGAUUAAAAGUUUACUGUUCAAUUUAUACAGUUUUGCGUUAUUUUCCUU